AUGGCACAACCAGCAGCAGACAAUACUCCCUCUGCUCCGGCUUUUGGAGAACCGGUGUCGUCCACGUCGCGCCCCGGUGCACCAGCCCGAAAUGACACGACCUACUCCAAGUUCUCCAUGAUGUCGGUCCCUCCAGAGGGGUCUAUUCUGACGGGCAAGCAAGAGCACUACCUCAAACGCGAACUCAUAUCACAGCAGACCCAAUUCGAGAUCUCCGAGCUUUCUUCCCCCACAGCCCUCCAGCGCUUCGGCGCACCCUUUCGGUCAGAUGCCGGUGAGGUUGCGCCAGAAGAUUCCGAACUACCUAUUCUUCGCUACAUAUUCGUACACCAUGUUCGCAACUUUCCAUUUCUAGACAAAGCGAAAGAGAAAGAGUUUUGGCAAGACAAACUGCAAGUGUUUCUAGAAUCGUUUGCGAACAAGAACAUAUCCUCAUCCGAAGAUCGAUUGGAAGAAACAAAGCGUAGGAAGCUCGCAUUGAAGACAGAGAAGCUGGUGGAGCUUAUGAUGGUCUCCGGCAUACCUACUGCAUCUGGCUAUGAGGAGAGAAUACGAUUUUCGGAGAUGGAAAUCGUCGACCGGGGCGCCAACGAUAAUGGCCUAAAGCUGAAUGCGCCGAGCGGACACUUCAUAAAUGGUUGGGACAUCAACGUCGCUGGAGUGCGGACGACGUCUGUUAAGAAGCAUCUUCGGUACCAUACUCACGCUGAGUAUCUCAUCAGAGUCAAACAAUCCGGCUCCCACGACUUUUACAUCGGUCGUCGGUUUGCGGAUUUUGUACAGUUACACAAACGAAUACGAUUAGAGCUACCUGGAAAGGUACUCCCUCCACUUCCCCGGAAGAACAAAAAAGAUUCUCUUCUUACAUCCGCGGAUGAUGAUGCCAGUUCAAUAUCUUCCAUAUCCACCCAAGGCCCAGAACCAGAGCAGCAUGAGAGCAGUGGGGGAGGCGGCCUGCGAGGCUGGUUAUAUGGGAGUCACAAACGAAACAGCUCAACUACCUCGUUAGGGACACCGAAAACCCGCUCACCUAGGGCAUCUGGCGAACAUUUAGCUUUUCAGCAACCGCGCGUACUCUAUCGGGAAGAGCAGCGUGUAUCUCUCCGAGCUUUUCUCCGAAAUUUCCUAUCGAACGAGGUUAUUGCACAGUCUAGCGCAAUGGCCGAGUUUCUGACCCGUGAUCCUAUUGAGGUGAACGAGGAAGAGAUGGAGGACAUUGAGAAGCGAAAGAUAAUGGACGAGAAGCGUAUCGAAGAGCAAAGACAAUUCUACGAGGUGGCACGGCAGCGAGCAGCCGAGCUAGACAUCCAUAUGGAGAAGUUCCGGCGCGAGAUCGUGGAGAGCAAUGGUCUUUCGCACCUUUUCCAGGAGAUCAAGGUCAAGAACAAGAUUGCGGAUCUCAAACCCGAAUAUCAAAAAUUCGCCGAGUGGUUGCGAAUAGAAGUCGCGGCCACCAUUUACCAUCUGUUCCUCGCCGAAGACAACUCACCGGAGCUUUUCGCACAAGCGAAGCGCAUCCACUCUCUGGUCCCGUACAGCGUACUGAAACAGGUCAUCAAAUAUGCAAAUCCUGCGGCUGUCAUGGCUGGCGUACUAGAUCUUUUCCUUGCACAGCCUUUCGGCGCUCGGUCGUUGCUACAGCGGAUGUUCGGCAUGGCCAUCAACGAUGGCGUCAAGUCAGUGCAGAAGUCAAUAGACGCUCUCGGCUCAACGAAGAUCAAGGACGAGGUCUUAUGUGCGAAGCUCAAGGCUUUCGUCGAAGCCGACGAGGACGUCCAGGACAUAUUACGAGAGGAAGCCGCGAAAGAGAAUGUCGAUAUUGUUGUCACAAUCCUUCGUUCGGAACUGUUGGUGCCCGAACUAACGUCCGAACAAGUUGAGAAGAUCUUCAAUGCGUAUGUCGCCUGGAAUAGCGCAGUGGAGAGCUCAGGACGCGGAAAACUCAGCCGGAAGUCUAGCUCAUACAGCACGAAGACGGUGGACAAGACUAACGGUCCGAUCCAACUUGACAAAGACCUGCGGCAAGGCGCCGAGCUGUUCGCCCACCUGAAGCAGUACCUUAAACUCUGUCUUCGACAACGAGACAAGCAAAUGAUGCUCGAGCUCAUUGAAGAACCCACCACCCUCCAACUCUUCCGCGACCUCUUCACCAUCUUCUACGAGCCCCUCGUCCGCGUCUACAAAUCCGCCAACGUCUACAACAGUAUCACGGACUUCGCCCUCUUUGUCGACGACACCAUCCGCACAAUCGAAGCCUGCCAACGCCAGGACAUCUCCGCAGACCCCAAUCAAACCGUCCAAGCCUUCAUCGACCUGUGCGCCCGCCACGAGGACAACUUCUACAAGUUCGUCCACGAGGUGCAUAUCCACGAUAACGGGCUCUUCGAGAAGCUCAUGGGCUGGCUGGAAGGCAUCCUCGACUUCCUCAGACAUGGACCUGGAAGUGGUGGAAAGCUCGAUAUGAAUGCGCUGUUUCAAGGGAGCAUGGAUUCGGGGAGUAUUGAUAGGGUGAAGGCGAUCAAGGAGAUCAACAGCUUGAUCAGAUGGCAGACGGCGAGGAAGAAGUGGCAUCAGGAUAAGACGAGGCAGAAGAUGGCGAGUGGAGGUGACGAAGGCAGCGACAAGAUCCUGAGUGGUAUGGGUGGGUUCAAAACGUCGGAUUUUGGACUCAACGAGCUCGAUCUCCAGGAUCUUGAACUCGACGAUGAUGCGGAUGAUGAUGACGAGGAAAGCGACAUGGAUGACGAGGAUAUGGCGGAUCCCAUUGCUGCGGAGCGGAAGCGGAGAGCUAGGGCUGCGGAACAAUUGAGAAGGAAGGCGGGUGAGCCGGCGAAGCCGCCUAUCGAGGAGUUGCUGAAGCUACAUCCGACCUUUUUGAGUAUGUUGAGGUCAGUGUUGGCUGAGUAA